UCCACCAUUUCAUCCAUUAAAUAGCAGCGCUCCUCCUCGCUCAUCUUCCACUCUCUCUCUCUCUCUCCUUCCGAAGCCAUGGGAUACUGGAGGGAAGCUACCGGCAUCAAAGGCCCCAGCGGAUUCGGCUCCGGCUCCACCGCCGAGCAGGUCACCGAGGGCAUCGACGCCUCCGCCCUCACCGUCAUCAUCACCGGCGGCAGUAGUGGAAUUGGAGCGGAGACCGCAAGGGUGUUGGCCCAAAGAGGAGCCCAAGUCAUCAUCGGCGCAAGGAACCUGGAGGCCGCCAAGGCCGUGAAGCAGAACAUCCUUGAGAGCACCCCGUCCGCUCGAAUCGACAUCAUCCAGAUCGAACUCAGCUCGCUCAAAUCCGUCCGAGCCUUCGCCGACAAGUUCCUCGCCAUGGAUCUGCCUCUCAACAUCUUGAUAAAUAACGCCGGCGUUAUGUACUGCCCUUUCCAGCUCUCCGAGGACGGAAUCGAGAUGCAGUUUGCAACAAAUCAUCUCGGCCAUUUUCUGCUGACAAAUCUCCUGCUCGAUAAACUGAAAAGCACGGCGGAGAAGACAGGAAUCGAAGGCCGUAUUGUGAACUUGUCGUCGAUAGCUCACAUCGGGCCUUACAGAGAAGGAAUCAUGUUCGACAAACUCAACGACAAGAACGCAUAUAAUGAUAAAUCGGCAUACGGGCAGUCGAAAUUGGCUAACAUCUUGCACUCCAAUGAGCUUGCACGCCGCUUGAAGGAAGAAGGUGCCAAUGUUACUGCAAAUUCUGUUCAUCCUGGUCUGAUUAGGACGAACUUGGGGCGACAUGCACCCGUCUUCAUAACUGUGCUGAGGGCUGUCACCUGUAUAUUGUGGAAGAACAUCCCUCAGGGCGCAGCAACUACAUGCUAUGUGGCACUGCAUCCCAGCUUGAAGGGAGUGAGCGGGAAGUAUUUCGCAGACUCUAACGAGGAGAAGCCGACUGCCAAGGCUAGAGAUCCGGCAUUAGCAAAGAAGCUCUGGGACUUCAGCGAAGAGCUAGUUAAUUCAAAGAGUUGAUCCGAAAUAAGAAAGAGGCUUUGCGUGUGACUUAUUUGUGUUAUGUGCGUUGCUAGGUUGUGUGAUUGCUACAGACUUGGGAAGGUACUAUAAUAUGUAUGAAAUCAAGUUGUUGCAUUAGUGCAACGGUAAAAUUAUUGUUGUAUAAUUUGAAAGUCAUGGAUUUAAGUCGUGAAAAUAACCGUACCCAAUGUAAAGUAAGGCAUUAUAGUUCAAUCUUUUUUCAA